AUGCCGGCCACGAUACAAUCAACCGCGGUUUCCCACCCGCUCUUUGGAUCCACGCUCCCUGGAAAAGACCAUGAAGAUCCUGUCCUGAAGGCCGCACAGAGGAUCAUCUCCUUGAACAACCUGAAGAACAGAAUCCUCUGCCAUGUUUCCCUUCCUUUGUCUCUGGAGGCCCUUCCUUAUACCUCUCUCGACCACAACCAUGGCCGCUACUACCGCAUUUCCCGUGCUUCCCUUCUCGGCAACUACCCAGAGUACUCCAACUACGACGGCAUGUGGGACACGGUGGUCCGCAUCCGGCUGACGGGCCGCACCGUCGAAGUGCGCGAUGGCGAUUACUGGCUCCCCCUCGGCGACUACCUCUCGCACCUGCCGCCGGUCAAGGAGUACUGGGAAGGGCCGGGCUCGGCAUCUUGGCUGCAAUCGCUCGAGUGGAAGACCAACGGCCAGCACUUCCCGCUGAUGUCGCUGCCGGGCGAGAUCCGCAACAUGAUCUACGACUACUGCGCGUCCUUCUGCUACCCCUACGAGUUCGAGCACGGCUUCAACUACAUGGCCGCCGCCGGCACCGACGGCCUCCUCUACCGCGAGUACGGCCGCACGGGCACACACCUGCGCGCCGAGCUCUUCGGCCGCGGCCGCGUCCUCAACGGCGCCGGGCCCGUCCUCGCCCUCCUCCAAACCUCGCGCCAGGUCAACUCGGAGUUCUCGGCGCGGCUGUACCGCAACAUGGAGUUCCGGUUCCAGGGCGCGUGGCCGCUGCAGCGCUUCCUCGAGUGCAAGCCCGACUUCCGCACGCUGGCCAAGGUGACGCUGCAGAUGACGACGUGGAAUUUCGUCAAGUUCUUCGGCGUGUGGCUGCACCGCGCCGCCCGCCCCUGGGGCGAGCCCGACGCCCGCUGCCUGCGCGGCCUGCGCCUCAACGAGCUCGAGCUGCGUCUGGGUCAUCGCGAGAACUUUUCCGCCGAGGACGGCAGCGGCGCUUACCGCCUCGACGCCCUGCUGGCGCCCUGCUGCCACCGCGUGCUGGCCGGGUUGAUCUUGUGGGCCGCCAAGGACUACGUCAAGGAUGUUUCGACUGUGAGCGUCGAGGGGUGCGUGCCGGUGAAGGUCAAGGAGGCGUUCCUGCAGCUGUUGGCGGAUGAGAAGGAGAAGGUGCCGUCGGCCAUUACGCAGUGGGACGUCAUCGGCAAGUCGGCGAAGCUGGUCGACAGGGGUGAGAGCUGGCUGGUCAGGACGGACUCGUAA